CCCAAAGCGUGACGUAGUGUUUAUUUACGUAACGGAAAAUUCUAGAGAAUUCAAGGUAGAGCUCGUGUGAGCAGAAUAGUUUUGUUCGAUUAUUUAGUUUCAGAUAUUCUACAUUUCAUAUCCGAAUUUUCAUUUUCGACAUAUCGUAAUCUAGACAAGAUGCGGCAGUCGAAGCGAAUGCGUUCACCGGACUCUUUGCUCGAUGCGUGGGAGGAGAGAAUGCAGAGCCAUAAGCGCCGAAGAAGAGACUCGCACAGCAGCGAGAGGGAGAACGAAUCUAGAAGACAUCGUCGUCAAUACACAACGAAAAGAGGGCACUACCUGGAGACCCGCAGCCUGAACCAGAACCUGGACUCGCAGGAGCGCCGUGUCCGACACCGGAGCCUGGAGAUGGGCUACGAGGACAGCCGGGGCAGCACCUGCCUGAGCCGGGACAGAGACCAGGAAUGGCACCACUACAGCAAGUCCUCCUGCCGUAGCGGCAUGACCGGACGGAGUCGGAGGAGUAGCCGCGGGCAACGGGACACGGGGCGUGGCCCCCGCCAAAGCCCCUCCCACCAGAACUCUCAGUCGACGCGGAGACGCCAGCGCAGGAACAGGAAGCGAACCCGAAGUGUUGAGGAUGAUGACGAGGGUCACCUGAUCUAUCACUGGGGAGACAUGCUGAGAGACAGAUAUGAGAUAGUCUCCAAUCUGGGAGAAGGAGCAUUUGGCAAGGUGGUGGAAUGCGUCGAUCACUCCAAGGGUGGUGCUUGUGUGGCCGUCAAGAUCAUUAAGAACAUUGAUCGGUACCGCGAGGCGGCCAUGUCUGAGGUUGAGGUUUUGGAGCAGAUGAACUCUCUGGACUGUGACCGGCGAUAUGCGUGUGUGAGGAUGCUGGACUGGUUCGACCACCACGGUCACGUGUGCAUCGUGUUGGAGCUGCUGGGACUGAGCACCUACGACUUCCUGAAGGAGAACGGCUUCCAGCCCUUCCCCAUAGAGCACAUCAGACACAUGGCCUAUCAGACCAUCAAGGCUGUCCGCUUCCUUCACAAGAGCAAGCUGACCCACACAGACCUGAAGCCAGAGAACAUCCUGUUCAUCAACUCAGACUACCACCUGGAGUACAACCCAGUUAUGAGGCGGGAUGAACGGACGUUGAAGAACCCAGAUGUGAAGGUGGUGGACUUUGGCAACGCCACCUACGAGUAUGAACACCACACCUCUGUGAUCUCCACACGCCACUAUCGUGCCCCCGAGGUCAUACUGGACCUGGGCUGGGACCAUGCGUGUGAUGUGUGGAGUCUGGGCUGCAUCCUGCUUGAGUAUUAUCUGGGAUCCACUCUGUUCCAGACCCAUGACAGUAAGGAGCACCUGGCCAUGAUGGAGAGAGUUCUGGGGCCCAUCCCCACACACCUGCUGCAGAAGACCAGGAAGAGGAGGUACGUGCACCGCUACAAGCUGGACUGGGAUCCCCGCGGCUCCUCUGGUCGCUACGUGAGGAGACACUGCAGACCCCUGAAGGAGUACAUGGUGUCCCAGAGUUCAGAGCACGAGCAGCUGUUUGACCUGAUCAGGAAGAUGAUGGAGUUCGACCCGUCCAGGAGGCUCAGUAUGAACCAGGCCCUCCGGCACCCCUUCUUCUCCUGCCUCCGCAAGGCCUCCAGCUCCUCAGCCAAGAACUGACCCCGCCGCCCUCUGACCUCUGGCCCCUCCACGGGGCAGUCUGCUGCCCUGACAACCCAUCACUGUGAUCACACCCAGUGCCAGCCCCACUUCCUGUUCUCCAGGAGAGUUUCCCAGACUGCAUCAGUCCUGCUAACACCCCGCCACCCCCCAUCCCUGACGCUGAUCUGAAACAGGUGGAGAUGAUGAUGAUGAUGAUGAACACUGCCAGUGUGUCAGCUGACACUGAUGUAACCAGUUUCUGUUGUGGGCUUUUGUCUUAAAAUAUAUUUCAGGAAGAAACCAGCAUCAGAGCUGCUGUCACUGGCUGCAUACAUGAAUAUAGACUUUGUGUAUCAGGUGUAGGAUUCCCUGCUCUAACUCCAGUCCCCCACACUCCCCUCUCCCUCCCUCCCCCCCCCCCCCCCCCCCCCCCCCAGGUGGAAGUAAUUUAUUAUGCAUAGCAGGGGAAACAGGAAGAAAUUUAUUGUACAGAUGAUAUAAUUACCAGAUGCUGUCCAUUUAUCCGUCUUUUG